GUCAGAUUGUUUUGAUAUAAAUAUUUACAUUUCUAAACGUUAACCUUAGUGAUUUGAUUCGAAAUCAUGAGAUCGGAUGGACGAAAUCCAGCAGCAACGGACUGCCCCUGUUGCAGCAAAUGCGCCGACAGCCCGCGCUUCCAGCAGCUGGCCAGCUCCGGCAGCGGACUCCAUGUGUAUCAACAUGUCAUGAACCAUGGGCCAACACACAUGAUAACAUUUAUCUUCCACAACACCACGGAUAAUCCGAUAAAGCCUGAUCACUUCUCAGAUUUAGAUCCUAAAACUGUCGAUUGUCCAAGAUGCAGGUAUAAUUUGGCGCACGCCCACAAACUGCUUAAAGAGUUUCCACAGAUAGAUAGAAAAGGCAUUGUAGGAGUUUGCCAGCAAUGCAGACCUAAGAGAGAACCAGACAACACCUGCAAAGAAUGUCUCAUGGCAAUACAACGAUUCAAAUCCGCUUUAGAUCAAAGAGUUAACGCGACUAAUGUAAUGAAUGAUAGAAAAGGGUACUUGGCUGAUUUCAAAUGCAUUAAAGCAAAUGAAAUUAAUCAUUUUAAAAGUGAUACUAUAGGAGCUGAACCUCGGUCAGAACAAAAGUCACGGAUAUAUGACUUUAAAGACUUGGACCAAUCAAGAGGCCCGCAUUCAGAUCAAUUACAUACAAAAUAUUCUGACUCUAAUGUAAGUUCUGAUAUUUCACGAAACACAAGAUUCUUGAAAUCUAAAGUGGACAAACUAAUACAAUCAAAAAGGAGCUCUAGAAAACAAUCAUCUACUGAAAAUAAUGUGAAUAAAUACUUAGGAAAAGUAAUAGAAGGUAAAGGCCACACUUUAAACGAAUACUACUUUCCUAAAAUAACUGGCCCUAGGCAAAAAAUUAAUAAACUUAAGAAGCAAAUUAGCCGUAGCGAAGUAAUUGACAGAAGUAGAGAUAUUAUUAAAAGGAAAGAAGAAAAAAAUCGCCAAAAACCUUAUAAAGAGAAUCACAGCAGCGCCGAACGAAAAAGGAAUGAUACUGAGAAAAGAAAACGUUGUAUAGAAGAAAAAGAUAGAAAACACUCAGGUGAAGCUGAUGAUCCCAGCUACAACGAGAAUCUACUAAGGUCUGUUAAAAAAUCAUCAAAGGCAAAACAAGGAAUGAGAGAUAAAAAAUACACAAAGAAAGAUAAUGAUGACGAUCUCAACGAAACUAAAAUUAUGGCGCAAAAGAAAAAUAAAGAAAAGCUUAUUAAAAAAGGGACAAAACACCAAACGCGUGAAGAAUCUGAUAGAAGAAUUAAUAAAAAUAAUGCUAUUCCGGGAAAGUCUGGCAAAGUUGAUCGGGUUAAAAAGGAUAAAGUAAAUGCCGCAGGAGAUAUUACUUCCGAAGAACGAUUGAAAAAGGCUGCUAAAAAGCCUAGUGGAAAAAAGAGCGAUCGUAGCAAAUCAAGUAAAAAUUAUAAUAGCUCCGACGAAGAUAGAGAAGAAAGACUGAAGAAGGGUAAUAAAAACCGUAAGAGGGAAAAGGGUGACGGGAAACAGCUCAGUGAUAUCGAGAAAAAAUAUGAUAGUGAUACAAAUGACGAUGAAAAGGGUAAAAAUCGCAAAGGCAAUAAAGAUAAAGGCACUAAUAAACAGGGCAAAGAAAAAUUGAGAAAUGACCAUAACCUAACAGAUAGAUUUUCUAAGAAUGGAGAAAAGGAAGAAAAAUCUAAAUUUGACACAAAUAUUGGCAAAAAGCAGAAAUUGUUAGGUCCGAAUGAAGUAAAGUCAAAAAGAUCAUCACCAGAACAAUUGCAAACCAAUAUAGCACAAAAAGACAAACUUAUAGUUGAAACUUUAACGUUAGCUAUGAAAGCAAAGAAAGACAUAAUAUUUGACGACUCAAAACUUGAAAAAAAGCAAGUGGUGCCUGAAUACAAAGAGGUUUUUAUACCGAAAAAGGGUAAAGACAUAAAAGAACUGGACAUUAAAUACACAAUCAUCCCAGAAAUUAUAGACACGGGCGAGAUGACUGAACAAAAGGACUGCGAAGUUUGUGCUCAGAUCGAUUCAGUAGUAGAUCUUUUUGACGAAGCCAAUAAAAACAUGGCUGAAGAACAACCUGAAAUUAUAAUAGAAAAUAAAAUCUAUAAAUAUAAUCCGCUGAAACGAUCGCCUAAUUUUCUGUCAAUACAUGAUAUUAAGGACAAAGAUUUUGCUGAUGAGGAUACUGUUGUUUUAGAUCGAGACACAAACGAAAGCAGAAGACAUCCAAAUACUCCAGCUUCAAAAUUUCAAAGAAGUGCAGGGUCAUUGCCAAGCUCAGACAUGAGCCAUUCUGACCAAAAGGGAGUCAUCAAGUAUUCUCUCUCGGACCGCAGUUUUAUCGAUAAAGGAUGGACUCAAAUGCCUACUGAAAAACUAGUGCGGAAGAUGAAUGUCUACCGCAUGCGUCCCGCGCACCCGCAGUCGGGAUGGUUCGACCACUACCGGGGGAAGGGGCUGAUGCAGUACCCUACUGGAGAGAAACUGGCCGAGUUCGAUGAGGAGGGCCGGGGCCGCUGGUUCUAUAGGAAUGGUCGAGUUGCACUGGACUAUUAUGAUGCUGAAGAGUUGAACGCACAACACCGUGUGAUAGUGUACAGUAGCGGGGAACCUGACGCGCGGGGCCGCUCGCAUCCCGUCACUAUCCUGGCGACCUUCGACUAUCUCGGCAACGGGAUUGUCUUCGACCAUGCUGGCAAAAUCAGACUGAAAUACAACCAAUCGGAGGGCGUGGUCCUAGACAGGAGCCUCGGUCCAGUCUCUACGUGGAAGUGGCAUUCACUGAAUGACCCCCCGGCGCUGCAGCGAGUCAUGAUCGACCAAUCACAGCCCGACCCUGACAUACAAAAAUUAGCAGCCACUAAUGAGAAGCCAGGGCCGGAAGACGAGGAAAUGCUAGCGUUAGAAUACGAUAACGUAUUAAAAAACAAAAGCAAAACGACGCAGAAAUUCAAGCCAUUUCAGAUCAAAAUGAAAGCGUUGAAGAUUAACGAGAACUUUUCCCUCCGUGUUUUGGAUCAGGCGACUGUUUAUUUGAUAUUCCGGGACGGGACAACCACGUUGAAGGUUAAUUUGGGCAUGUUACUAGAUCAAACCGAAAUCAUUGACGUGGCGACAGCUGAUGUGGUAGCCAGUGCUGACAUAGUUCCGGAUUUAGGGACUUCCCCCAGUAUUGAGGGUAUACUAGAGAUGGUGGAGGAAGCUCGGCAGCAGGAGCGAGCGAGGGUGGAGCGGGAGCGCCUGCGUCCCACUGUACCCCGCGCGAGUGUGGUGGGUAGCGUUGUGAAGACAAAGGGGAAAGCUGGUGACUUGGCCAGCGAUGGUGCAGGAGACUAUCAGAGGAAGAUGAAGCCGGCUUCGAAUAGAGUUUAUUAUAAUACAAAUGUUUCUUAAUUAAUUUCAGGUAUCUUCGUAGAUUUUUAGAGCAGUCUUUUGCAUUUAUUUUAUAGAUAUUGUUGGUUCUUAUAUAAUUUAUGGUAAUAUUAAGUACCUA